CCUAUGCUCUUUCUGUAGUCAAAAGAUGAGGCCAUUUGCUUGAGUUACAGGGAGUCUAGAGACUUGACAAGAACUCAACAGCCAUUUAUAUGCCAUUUCUCAUUAGUAAAAGAUCUGCUUCUGAAACUUUCAGGGCAUAAUACUCAAUGAUGGGGGAAUAUCUUCUGAAAAUUUCACAUGAAUUCAUUGAACUAUCGCUAAGUUAUUAAUCUCUCAAUGGUAUGAUAUAGUUUUUCGGUUUAUCAAUAUUUACACUAAAAUGAUUAUAGUUCAUGAAUAGAUAGAUGAACUUUAAUGAAAUUUUUAGUGCAAAUAAGUACUAGGUAGGGCUUCAGAAUGAGAGGUUGACCGACUCAAAAUAUCUUAUCUUUCUCGAGUUAUCAAGUUCAUAAUGCAUACCAAUGACAUUCAUUAGAACUCCAUUCUUACUCGAGCAAAUGUGGUGUAGAUGGUGCCGCUGACCUACAUUCUUCAUGGGCUACCUGCACACCAAUUUUCAGUCGCUCAGCUCUUGUAUGGACUGAGAUCCGAGGGAGGGAUACUUUUGUCAAGUAGUGUAAAUAACUAAACAAUAAAAAACGCUCAAUAUCUUUAACCCUUCUUUCACUUAUACUAACUAGAAACUACUUAGAGUAGCUAAUUUUCUUUUCAUUUGAAAAUAUCAUGUAAAUGCUGACGUUCAACCGAAGCUUACAAAAAGAGGUUUCAGUUAGAAAAACAUGAAUUUUGCUGAGGAUUCUCUCAGAAUUUUGGUGUUUAUUCGAAGGAAAUUAUAUUUAAAGACAAACGUAGGUCUAAGAACUGAUAUCUUCCAGAAAGAAACAUUUGAGAAUUUACAGUCUAUGAUAACUUGUGUUCUGAUGAACCAUUCUCUAAAAAUAAAUACCGGAAAGGUUUUUCUUAAGUCGAAUUCAAAACAAGACUUUCAACCAGCAAAUUUCUUAAAAUAUUCAAUUUCGUUUAACUCAAAUAGUUUGAAUUUUAAUAAAAAAAUUUUAUUCUAUAAGAGCUUAUUUAAUAACUCAACGUGAUGUAUUUUUUGAUCGGUCGAAAGCUUGUCAAUUACUUACAUGGAUACUUACAAAUAAAGAUGGAUUAGAAAAAAUUGAUUUACCACCACCAACUAUAUAUAAACCUUGUCAAUUAUGGACAGGCAAACAAUUAUUUAAUGUUAUACUUCGACUUAAUAAUUCUUGUAAAGAUAUUAUUAAUUUACGUGUAAAAGGUAAAGCUUAUUCUGGUAAAGAUGAAGAUUUAUGUUGCAAUG